AUGCGGGCUGAUUCACCUGGACAUUCAGCCAAAUAUGGGAGUUACACAAUGAUGGAUCUAAAGAGUAACAAAGUUGUUGAUAUCCAACUAGUGCAGAGCAAUGAGGUUGGAAACAGCGUGCGCAUGGAGAAGGAGGGGCUUGUGCGGAGUCUGACCAUGCUGGAGGAAAGGGUGCCUACACGGGCCUCUGGUUGGGGAAGGGUCAAGGGUGUGGCUCAGCCCAAGUACAGCAGCGUGUGA